CUCGGAGAGUCACUGGAAACCACUGUGACAGUUAAACCGCGUCCAUUUCGCGGCGCGCCUCCUCGUCUUCGCCGUCUUCGAUCGUUUAUAUUUGCCGGGAGCCCCAUUUGGUCGUGGAUGUAAGCAAGGAAGGUGGAAUUUUGGAGAGAGAGAGAGAGAGGAUGGGGAGCUACAGGUGCUGCAUCUGCUUCACGAGGAAGUUCCGGUGGAGCGAGGCGAAGCCCACAGAGGACGUGCGGGAGGCUUUCGCGACCUACGCCGAGGGCGGAGCCCACAUGACUGCGGAUCAGCUCCGUCAGUUCCUAGAGGAGGCACAGGGCGAGGCCGGGGCCACCGCCGCCGACGCCGAGCGGGUCAUGGAGCGCGUCCGCCAGCUCCGCCGCCCCUCCCACCUCGCCAAGCUCUCCAAGCCGCCCUUCACCCUCGACGAUUUCCACCACUACCUCUUCUCCGAGGAGCUGAACCCUCCCUUACAACCGCAGGUUCACCAUGAUAUGACGGCUCCACUGUCCCACUAUUACAUAUAUACAGGCCACAAUUCAUACUUGACGGGAAACCAGCUCAGUAGUGACUGCAGCGAUGUUCCAAUUAUAAGAGCACUUCAGAGAGGUGUGAGAGUAAUUGAGCUGGAUAUAUGGCCAAAUUCUGCAAGAGACAAUAUCAAUGUUCUUCAUGGAAGGACAUUGACUUCUCCUGUGGAGCUUAUCAGAUGUUUAAAAUCCAUCAAAGAGCAUGCCUUUUCAGCAUCUCCGUAUCCUGUUAUCAUAACUUUGGAGGACCACCUUACUCCUGAUCUCCAGGCUAAAGUAGCCAAGAUGGUCAUGGAAACAUUUGGAGACAUGCUGUACUACCCUGACUCAGAAAGUCACAAGGAAUUCCCUUCACCAGAAGCUCUGAAGAAAAGGAUUAUCAUUUCCACCAAACCACCAAAAGAGUACCUUGAAGCUAAAAGUUUUAAGGAGAAGGAUUGUGAUACUCAAAAAGAAAAUGAUUCUAAUGAAGAAGAAGCGUGGGGAAAGGAGGUUUCAGAUAUACAAACUGAAUUUGAAUUAGCUAAUAAGGAUGAAGAAGUUCAAGAUGAGGAACUUGCAGAUGAUGAUGAUGAUCAAAAAGAGCGUCAGAAUGCACCGCCUGAGUACAAAUGUCUAAUCACCAUCAGGGCAGGGAAACCUAAGGGUCACAUGAGCGAAGCACUAAACGUUGAUCCAGAGAAAGUUAGACGAUUAAGUCUGAGUGAGCAAGAACUUGUCAAAGCUGCAGCGACACACGGAGCUGAUUUACUAAGGUUCACUCAGAAAAAUCUUCUCAGGAUAUAUCCAAAGGGCACCCGCUUUAAUUCUUCUAACUACAAUCCAUUCAUUGGUUGGAUUCAUGGUGCUCAGAUGGUUGCAUUCAACAUGCAGGGAUAUGGCAGGUCGCUGUGGCUGAUGCAUGGAUUUUAUAAAGCCAAUGGGGGUUGUGGGUAUAUAAAGAAGCCUGAUUUCUUGGUGAAGGCUGGUCCAAACAAUGAGGUUUUUGAUCCUAAAGCCGUCUUACCUGUAAAGAAAACUUUAAAGGUAAAAAUUUAUAUGGGAGAUGGUUGGCGUAUGGAUUUUAGUCAGACACACUUUGAUGCAUAUUCUCCUCCAGAUUUCUAUACAAGGGUAGGGAUAGCUGGAGUUCCAGCUGACACCGUGAUGAAGAAAACAAAGACAAUAGAGGACAACUGGACACCAGUUUGGGAUGAGGAGUUUACCUUCACUUUAACUGUACCUGAACUGGCUUUGCUUCGUAUUGAAGUACAUGAGUAUGAUAUGUCUGAGAAGGAUGACUUUGGUGGACAGACUUGCAUUCCUGUUUCGGAGUUGAGGCCAGGGAUCAGGGCUGUGCCACUUUUUGACCACAAGGGCAACAAAUUCAAUUCCGUAAAGCUGCUGAUGCGAUUCGUGUUUGUAUGAUGAUGCUGUUUGAAGUUCUUCCUACCGCAACCUGAUUCGAAUUUGUGUGAUAACACUUUCUAUCUGCAUUUUAGAAACAGUUGGUGUGAUCACAUGUUACAAUAGCAUGAGGAAUUCACCUGUCUUGAAAUUAAUCAUGCAAGUGAUGCUUAUCGGAUGGUUCUGCUCUGUUGUACACAUAACUGGGUAGCCAGUCCCAUCAACUUUGAUAUCUGUUAUUUUUUUCAGUGAAAAUAUGCUAUUUUUUUUCCUAG